UGGUUAGUAUUAGUGGCAAUCACUUUGUAAAGCAAAACAUACCCGCCCAGUGUCUCCGGGAUGAGGAGAGAGAGGAUGGGAGGUUUAGCAGAACAGAACAAGGAAAUUAAGCUGUCAGAAAGCCAGAUCAGUAUCUCUGUCUGCACAGCUAGGUUGCUAGCAAUUAAGCGAUAGGCGGACACGAGUAGGAAGAUUUAUACGAAUAUCACAGCUAUGAAACUCAUCCGUUGGAGCAGAUUGUAGCUACAGCUAGUACACGUUAAAUAGCUACGACUAUAGAUCUCAGAUAACGUUACAGACCUUUCAAAGUAGCGUUAGAGUGUAACAAGAAAGUGGAGACAACUGGUUAGCUUGCUAGCUAACAUCUAGCCACAGCUUCUUUCAGCUUCAAAACUAGAGUUCACUUGAGAUUUGAACUACCAGUCUUCAGUCAUGCCUUUUCCUUUCGGGAAGUCCCAGAAGAGUCCAGCUGAAAUAGUGAAGAGUUUAAAGGAGAAUGUGGCACACCUGGAAAAGCUGGAUGCUGGAGACAGCAAAAAGUGUGAAAAGGUCGCAGAGGAGGUGUCCAAAAAUUUGGCCUCACUGAAAGAGAUACUUUCUGGAACUGGUGACAAGGAGCCUCAGACUGAAGCAGUGGCUCAGCUUGCACAAGAGCUGUAUAACACCAAUCUUCUCAUUGUUCUCAUUGCAAACUUGCAGAGGAUUGAUUUUGAGGGGAAGAAGGAUGUGGUUCAUUUGUUCAGCAAUAUUGUGAGACGUCAGAUUGGCACUCGCACACCCACUGUAGAGUACAUCUCUACACACCCACAGAUCCUCUUCAUGCUUCUGAAAGGAUAUGAAAGCCCAGAAGUUGCUUUGAACUGUGGAAUGAUGCUGAGAGAAUGCCUGCGUCAUGAGCCUUUGGCACGGACUGUGCUCUUCUCUGAAGAGUUGUUCUGCUUCUUCAAUUACGUGGAGCUCUCAACCUUCGACAUUGCCUCAGAUGCUUUUGCCUCAUUCAAGGAUCUCCUCACAAGACACAAGAUUAUGUGUGCUGAUUUCCUGGAGAACAAUUAUGACAGGGUGUUUACAGAAUAUGAGAAGCUUCUGCAUUCUGACAACUAUGUCACCAAACGGCAGUCUUUGAAGCUCCUUGGAGAACUUCUCCUGGACAGACACAACUUCACUGUCAUGACAAAGUACAUCAGUCGAGCAGAAAACUUGAAGCUGAUGAUGAACAUGCUGAGAGACAACAGUCGAAACAUUCAAUUUGAAGCAUUCCAUGUCUUCAAGGUUUUUGUUGCAAACCCCAACAAGACUCAGCCAGUACUGGACAUACUGCUGAAGAACCAGGCCAAACUCGUGGACUUCCUGAGCCACUUCCAGACAGACAGGUCUGAGGAUGAGCAGUUCUGUGAUGAGAAGAACUAUCUGAUUAAGCAGAUCCGAGACCUGAAGAGGCCCACAGCGCCUGAGGAAGCUUAAAGCUGCAGGGACAACAGGUCCAUCAGGUGGUAAAUUUUAAAGGUGGUGGUUAAAGCUGCAGAGCGAGAGUCUGAAAGACAUGCUUCAUUAAGAUUUAUUAUUAACUACAAAAAAUAGGAAAACCAUAAAUAUUACUUCCUUCACCUUUUGUUGUGUAGUGUGAAUGUGGAGGGGAUUUUUUUUUUUUUAUACAUCCAGCAACCUGAGUGGGCCAAGAACUGUUAUUUAAACCGCAGUGCUUCUUCUUUAGUAAUAAUAGAAUGCAUUUAGUCUGUUCUUGUGAUGCUGGACUUUAAACUGUUACCCUUCCACACACACAGAGCUUAGAAUGAGAGAAACUUCACCCCCUCACAGCCAACACCUGACCUCUGAAGUGUCUUUUUCAGAAACUCGACUAUAUUUUGGAGAUUAAAAACUUGAGAAGUAAAUAUUUUUUCUAAUGUAUCUUCAUGGUAAACAGUUUAAAACAUAUAGUAACUCCGCUCUCUGAACAUUGCUUAGUCUAACUGAUUUAUUGCCUUAUUGUAAGCUGUUGUGUUGUACAGGGGACUUGCAUGGUCUUCAGGAAUGUGGAUUAUAUUGGCCCGGCCAGCACACGGCACAUAUUGGUGAUCAGCCUGUCAUUAUUAGGUCUUUGGUUACAUGUGAGGUUACAGAGGUCAGAAACAAUCCGGCAGUGUUGAACUUGUCUAUGCGAUAGCUGGCACAGGAAGAGAAAGUCGAAACCAGAGAGGAAUCAAUGUAUUGUACUGUGAGUUUUAGACUGCGCUGAGCGAGGCAUACAUGACUGAAAUAGAAACAAGACGUCAAAUAAUGCUGCGGGGUUAGCAUGCGUACGCCAUGUGGACAGCCAGGACAUACUCAUUGAUCUCACUUGGAGCUCUUCAUUUCAUCCUCAUACUGAGCACAGAUGGCAGUGAGUCAUUUAAAAUGUUUAACAAAGAAUGAAUUCUUGAGGUUUUAAACAACUUGAUGAAUGCCAUGUUAGGGAUCUCUCUGUUACAGUAUAAGCACUGCAUACCACAAGAAUGAAUGUUACACUGAGGAGUUGCUUGUAAGGAUGCUUCAUAAGUAUGUUACACAGACCCAAUUGGAUUUUUUUUUUUUUUCCCUCUUCAUAUCAGAUCUGGGCCACUUCUAUAUGUGGACCUAGACCUGAUUCAUACAGUAUCUAAUCACUGACUAUGCAACUGCUGUCAGAGCAGUCAGAUCAUCAUUCAGUGUCGGUACCUCGCAGACUGGUCAAAAUAAACAUGGAGGAGAGCAGCAACUGGGAACAGUGGAAAUGAGUGUUUUGAUGGAGAAGCUCCUGAUCAAGCCUAACUCUAAGUAACAUGUCGUAACUAAGCGGUGUUUGAGAGAAUUGCGUGGCUUGACCUAGACACAAAUUAUGUUUUUAUGCAUGUGGCUCACAUUGCAGUUAAAUCUGCACGUGCACGGCAGUUUUGUGACAUGUCUCUGGAGUCGGAUGCAUGUCUGUUACAAACAUGAAUGGGAACCACUGACACAAAAACAUCAGCUGUAACACAUGCCUGUAAUGUGAGCGUAGCUUUGGCCAGACUUUGUGGAAUGGAAAAGAGGGUGUGGAUGCUUUACCACAUGCACAGGAUUUUAACUGUCAUGCUUUUUGUCUCAUGUUUUUUUUUUCUGAUAUUCAAUUUCACAUGGUCAAAAUAACCACAUGCACUGUUACAGCAAGAAUUAGUUUGUUUUUGGAUGAUGAACACUGAAUUGAGUCCCUCACAUGCACCAAUGAUCAGUUACAUUUCAUAACUAGACUUCUGUUGGAAGAAUUGCCUUACUUUGGCCAUUGCACUAAAAUGGCAUAUUAGCAAUUUCAGGAUGUGUUGUCUGUGUGAACACUCUAGUAUAUACCUCAUGGGAUUUGAGUUUGCAAAUGCUGUUGUCUUUUCUUUCCUUCCCAGACCAGAUGCUUUAUUUGACAUUUUAAAAUGCACAGCAGGGGUUUGUAUGCAUGCCUAAACUUGAUAUAAGUUUGAGCUUGAACAGGGACUGCAACCUAGUUUUCACAAUAGAAAACUAGAUUUUUAACCUUAAAUAUUUCAUUUGGGUGGUGCCACACAAACGUUAAUUCAUAAUGAAUUGCAUUGUGGUACCUUGUAAUCAAUGUUGCCUUAUUUAAAGUCAUUUAAUCGAUUGUAAUGAUCAUGUAAAAUUCUAGACCUUAAUUUGUUGUUAAACCAAAGUCAAUAUAAAAAGGGUAAAACUGUACAUUUCAUGUCCUAAUGCGUUGCUUGUUCAUUUCUCAGGUCUGCAUAUAAUACAGUGCACUGUGCAGUGUACACUAAAUUGCGCAGUAGAUUUUCAGUUUUGGGUAAUUGACUUAAAAAAAAAAAAAAAAA